GGCCACAGAAGGUUCCAUGAUGGUGAUUUUACUACUAUCAAUUCUAAUCGCAUCCGUAGCAGCCGUAAGGGAUCCACGCUGUAAAGUAUACGAUGAGGGCGAUAAGUCGAUAACGUUGCCGCACAGAGACGAUUGCACUAAGUUUCACACCUGCGAUGUUCAGGGAAAUGCGCUAGAGAUGAAGUGUCCACCAAGUACCUACUUUAGUGCCGAUCUUGGAGUGUGUACAUUCGACCGAUCAGGUUGCGCCGCUACCAACAGUGACGAUAGCAAGCAUCACAACUUAUCGAGCGAAAACUGUCCAAAUCUCCCACAUGGAACUACUUUCCCCAAAGCCGAUGACUGCUCUUCUUAUAUAGUUUGCUUGAAGGGUGAAGCUCAUAUUAUUCAAUGCCCUAAAGGCCUAUUUUUUGAUCGAAAUAGCAACAAGUGCAAACUAAAGAGAGAUGUCGAGUGUACAAUUUCACUGGAGAUUGCUCCACCAGCCCCAAUUCUUCCGUUGCCUAACGUUCCACUGGUUCCCGCCAGUCCCGAACUGUUAAACCCUGGAUUGCCUGCAGCUCCUGUGCCACCCUUAACGGAAUCACUAGUAGACGCAUCGGAGAACACUGUUAGGAAUCCUGAUACUGUCAUAAUUCCUCAGGAUCCUCGUUGCCAGCAGCAACAGUAUGAUCCCGAGAGUCCAAUAAUGCUUAACCAUGCAAAUGACUGCACAAAGUAUAUUGUCUGCGUUGGGGACUUCGCUGUAGAAAAGCAGUGCCCCGAGGGUCAACAUUGGAGUGCCGAUAACAAUUGGUGUGAUUACGCUUCCCGUGCCAAAUGUAUGCUUCUGUGAUUUAUAUUUUAUCUUUCGAAUGAUUGUGCCAUCAGGUCAUAUUCAUAUUUCUCUCCAGUUAUCGGAAAUUUAACAGUUAACGAUAAGUUAUAAUUGAUUCAGAAUAAAACAUAGCAUUAAGUAAUUUCUGUACAAAAAUUAAGAUUUGUA